GAGAAAGUUUUCCCUCAAUUUCUACAUGGUAUCAGAGCCAAUUCCCGGGCAAAACACAAACCCUAGUUCCGAAAAACCCUAGCGCCGUAUUUCAUCUCGUCGACUCACGUCGGUAAUCGCUUUUCUCCCGCCGGCUCACGUCGGUCGCCUUUGCUGCCGCCUCACGUCGGCAGAUUUCUUGCGUCGUCCCCUUGCACCGUCUCACGCCGGUGUACUUUGUUGCCAGCCGUUGUUUUUCUUGGAGCCAUGACAACCGAAACUACGAAGAAGGUUAGGUUGAUUCACGAUCCUACAUCUCUGUAUUACAUUCACCCGUCCGAAAGUGCCGGGAAUUCUCUGACAAAACACCUGCUCAAGGGAGAUAACUAUGAUGUGUGGGAGAAAACCAUCGUCAACGCCUUGGAAGGACGUAGCCGGGCUGGUUUCUUGACCCCCACGGGUUUCCCCAAGCCCACCGACGAACAAGAACUUGCGGCUUGGAAAGCAAACAAUUCUAUCAUCUGUUCCUGGAUAUGCAAUAGUGUGGAUGAACACAUUCAACCGUCGAUUAUCUCUCACAAAGUGGCUCAUGAAUUGUGGCUGGAUCUGAAAACUCGCUACGGUGGGUCGAACGGCCCUAGGGUCCAUCAACUCAAAUCAGAACUUCAAUCUCUCCGACAAAAGGGUCAAACAGUGGUGGUGUAUUACAACCAAUUUGUGACUCUUUGGAACAAAUUGUAUGGUUCGACCGACGCUACGUGCGGUUGUCGUUGUGAAUCGGCAGUCCGUAUCCGAGCUCGAGAAGAGGAAGAGAAGACACAUCAUUUUUUGCUAGGUCUUGAUGAUGAACAAUUUGGUCACAUCCGGUCUCAAAUCAUCGCUACCGAACCCGUUCCCGAUAUUCACCGGGCCUACGCGUUGAUUGUUCAAGAAGAACGUCAUAAAAAUAUCGUUCGGGGUAGGGAUGAUCGGACCGAUGCUGUAGCUUUCGCCAUGCAGCGCCCAAGCGUCCCAUUCGGUCGUGGAGACCAUCCCACGUACUCUUGCACUCAUUGCGGGAAAGACGGGCACUCGAAGGAAAGGUGUUAUCAACUGAACGGUUAUCCACCCGCAAAGGGUCGUGGCCGUGGAGGAGCCUCUGGUCGUGGCAGUGGUUCGGGCAGAGGACUCGGCCGUGGGGUUACUGGCGGCAGUUCCUCAACCGGGCGAGGAGCAGGUCCGGCGACAGGGGGAGCCCAUGCCGCAGGAGGGGCAGCUGCCCCGAACAGCCCGUUGGGCCUCACCGCAGACCAGGUCUCGCGUCUAUUAUCCAUGCUUGACACGUCCUCUUCCGACAAGGGUACUGGCUCGGGUGGUGAGACAUCCAACCGUGAGUGGCUUCUUGAUAGCGGGGCUUCGCAUCAUAUGACCGAUUUUCCUUCAGCCACCACUGUCCUACCCGCCACUGCCCAGUUGCCCGUCUCCACUGUCUCGCCUUCUCAAACCGAGGGUACCUCCAUCGGCGAGGGCAACCCAGUCACCACCACUGAUACAGCUGCCGUGCCUACUCUUCGUCCUCAACGGCAGCGUCGUCAGCCUGCCCACCUUAGUGAUUAUAUCGUUAAUUCCGUUCAAUCUGAUGCUCCGUUGUGCGCCUCUCCAGCUCGCUCUUCGUCUUCAGAUCUACUGGGUUCUCGAGAAUGAAGUUCAUCGUUUUUUUGGCAAUAAUAUUUAAUUUGUUGGAGUUUUUUUUUUCAUUGGAUUGAAUAAUGAGGUGAGAGACGAGAAUGGGAAAGAAACAAAGGCUAUUCUAGAGGUAGAGGGUGAUGCAUGUAUGAUGGCAAACCAAAUGUGGCAAAACAGCAUAGUGCCAUUAAAUGUUUGCAUGUGCAGAUUAAAAAAACAACAGCAAGAACGAGUACAAAUCAAGAAUCUUGUUUCGU